UAAUCCUAUCAGUGGUCUAUGCUUAAGAAAAUAUCCCAAACAAUAUCAGGUUUUAUUUUUAUGCUCACUAACGUGCUCCUCAUCAAAACAAACCCAAAUAAAAAUUUAACAGAACACCCAUAAAGUUGUGAAACCCUAAGCUACUUAUUUCGCUCGUUAAACUUCAUAUCACACAAACUUCAUUCUUCAAAGAAUCGUUUCCAUCGGGAUAACAAUAACCAAACGGAGAAGAUCCAUAAGUAUCUUAUCAAUGAAUGAAAGGCAAACAGCAUAAAAAUCCACAUAAACUAGUGAUAUCCCAUACAUACAUAUGAAUGUAAAGUGUUCGACAAGCAUAUUUUUUUACGAAAAAGAAACAACAGAAACAGCUCACGAUCAUAAAAGGCUACAAUUGCAAUAUUUAAUAGCAAUUCAGAGAGAGUGGAAUCUAUAAGAAACAACAAAAAACCAUAAACAAAUAUUAAUCGGAAACACGGAAUAUACAAAGGAAAUGCAGACCUUUCCAAGUGCCGGGAAUAGCCAGACACAUAGCAGCCACAGAGAGGCCACAGCUCCGUCUGCAAUAUGAUGGAACGUCUAUCCACACACCUGUCGCUCACCGGCCUAUCGCUAGCUCAUCCACUACAGAGUCACCUGAGCUCGGUGAGCUCCGGCAGCGGAUCGCAUCAUCUGGGACAAUUGGCAGCGGCUGUUCAGCAGCACCACCAGCAGUCCGAUCAGAGCCACACCCACGCCCAUCACCUGCACUCAGCAGGUCAGCAGUUGGCUCUGGGCCACCAGCACCAGCAAUCGCAGCAGCAGCACCAUCAGUGCAGCAGCAACAGCAGCAACGGCUCCCCGAACGGAUCGAGUGGAUUGAGCAGCCUGCAUCCCCACUCGGCCCUGCAUCUGGCACACCACCACUCCCAGCUCCACCAGCACCAUCACUCAGGACAGCUGCAGCAACAACAGCAGCAAACUUCGUCCUCACACGGUCAGCCGGCGGUGUCGUCUGCCUCCUCCCACCACAGCCACAGCCACAGCAACAGCCAGGCUCAGUCGUUGCACCAGCCCCACAGCAACGGCAGCUCGCACUUGUCUGCGGGUGGGGCUACAUCCGCUAGCAACCACCACAGCAGUGCCGCACACCACGGAUCCGCUUCCAGUGCAUCGAGCAGCGUGAUGGCCGCCGCAGCUGCCGCCCACUUGCACCACAACUCGCAGGCAUCCCCCAUAAGCAACUUGCACCAGAACAUGGGCACACUCAUGAACAGUGGCAGCAGCGCCAGCGAUGUAUUCUUCAGCCUGAUGAUCCAGAACACAACUAAGCGCCAGAACGAGGAGCACAUCAAACGUCCGAUGAAUGCUUUUAUGGUCUGGUCGCGUCUACAGCGGCGCAAAAUAGCUCAGGAUAAUCCCAAAAUGCAUAACUCAGAGAUAUCCAAGAGGCUGGGGGCAGAGUGGAAGUUGCUUACAGAGGAGGAGAAACGUCCGUUUAUCGAUGAGGCCAAACGUUUGAGAGCCAUGCACAUGAAGGAGCAUCCGGACUACAAGUACCGGCCGCGACGCAAGCCCAAGGCCCUAAGACGCGAUGGGUAUCCAUAUCCGAUGCCAUAUCCAUCGGUGCCCGUGGAGGCACUACGCGCCGGCAUUACGCCCGGUUACUUCGCUCCCGGUCCCACAGCGGCUGCAUAUCACCUGGGCAGCCAUCUCAGCCAGACAUCGACGCCGACCACGACGCAGGCCACCCUCUCCGGACAGAUGGACAAGUUCGCCCUGGAGAGGAGCUCGUAUCUGAGCAACGCAAUGAGCAAUGCGGGCAGCCAGGCAAGUGCUGCCGCCUACAGCGCCUACCUGGACCCCAGUGUUCUGACCAAGGCCUACUUUGACUCCAAGAUGUACCAGGAUCGGGCGGCCAAUUAUGCCUUCGACAUAUCCAAGAUCUACGGAGCCCAGCAGCAUGCGGCAGCCCAUCACCAGCAGCAGCAGCAGCAACAGCAGCACCAGCAGCAGCUGCUAAUGGCAGGCAGUGCCGGUGGAGGUGGAGGCGGAGGAGGCAGUGCCGGCUCCCACAACAACAACAGCAGCAGCGGGCUGGACGAGCGCGACGCCACGCCCCAGCUGGAAGGAGGCGGUGGCGGCGGUAGCAUCGUAGUGGAGGCCAAGCCCCAUCUGCACUCGCCCAGCGACGUGGGUCUCGACUACGCUCAGUACGCCCAGCAGUAUGGCGGGCAGCUGGCCAGCGUGGCGUCCGUGGGAGCUGGCGGUGGAGUAGGCGUCACGACAUCGUCUGGCGGGGCAGCAGGUGGCGGCAGCGCAGGUGCAGCCGCCGCGGACUUUCGACGGCCUCUGACGGUGAUCUUCUGACCACCAUCCUCCAAUGGCAGCGAGGAGUUGAACUUGUCUAUGACUUAGGGAAGAAGGAUAUUCGUGCCGAAACUCGAAGCCCGGAAAUGCGAUCCGAAAAACGAGAGAUUAAAGUUAAACCUAGCCAACAUUUACCGUUAAGUCAGUGAAGUGGAGAUCAAGAGAGAGAGAGAGAGAGAAAGAGAGAAAGAGAGAGGGAGCUAGCAAAGAUGGAGAAAAUAAAAACAAAACAAAACCAACAACGAGCGGUGCAAUUUUUUAUGUUUUAAACGCAGAUCGAAGUGCAUAGCAUAAAUUUAAACUUAAUAAUAAAUGUAUUUAAAUUCUACACACUCACACACACGCGAAAAACCGACA